CAUCACUAUCCGACCAAGACAAGACAAGACGUCUACAAUCUAUAAAUUAUUGUACUCUGUGAACACAACACUCAAGACUCAACAGUGCAGUGACUAAUUUCAGGAAUUUAAUAUUUCUAAUCAAUCUAAAAAUUCGAUUUUGUCGCCUGUUCUCAGAACGAGAUAAGAACAACGAUAUGAGAUAAUUUGAAGGACUCCUGUCCUUUGGAUCGCCUCAUUAAAGGUGAACAAAUCAUAAACUAUAAUGCUAAUACUAUAAUAAUAUGAACUGAUCAAUAAAUCACAAUGACUGAAACAGUACCAGCUUUAACAACUCCAAUUUCCCUGUCAACAUAUCAUCAACUCAGUCUUACAGUUGAAUCAGCAAACAUCAAGAAUUCUGGGCUUUUCAAACCAAAUCCAUAUUUACAAGUGAUAAUAGAUGACAAAAUAUCAAGACGCACUGAAGUCAUAAAGAGUACUCUGCACCCAAAAUGGAAAGAAGACCUAACAGUGCUUGUAACACCACAGUCCCAGCUAUUGUUCCGGCUUGCAGAUUACCACAGUUUCAGAAAAGAUAAUGUUAUUGGUGAGAAGAGAGUCAAUCUGCUAAAAGUUUUGCUAUAUUGUAAUGGAAAAUGUGAUAACGUGGAGUUGAUAAUAGACUUGAUGAAAACUGUGUCCCAAGAAAAUUCAGCUAGUGUAAGUGGUGAAGUAAAAGCAGCUGAAUUGGUGGUGCUUCUGGAUGGAUUACGAGUAGACCCAUCAGUUUUAAGUCAGUCACGUGAACUCCUUGGAGAAUCCGCCAACAGCACUGGCCCUCUAAAUGAUGGAGUGAGGGCAAGGAUAAGAAUUCGGAACAAUGAAUCUGCAAUGAGAUCUAUUGUUAGAUCACAAAAUCUUCGACCUCCACCAGGCCCGCCGCCGUUAAGCAACGGCUCAUUGCAGCAUGGCGGGCCGAGCGGAACGAGUGGCGUGAGCGGUCCAAUGAGCUCUAGCUUGGCGGGAGGCGCGGGCGCGCCUGCCGAAAGUGGGGCUGGUCCGUCUCAUGCCGAGGCUGAGCCCACUGGGGCCGGCCUGCCAGUUGUCUAUGCCAACCCUGCUGAGGAGCCUCUACCAGCUGGCUGGGAAAUGCGCUAUGAUGUUUAUGGACGAAGAUACUACGUGGACCACAACACGCGGUCGACGUCGUGGGAGCGGCCGCAGCCGCUGCCGCCGGGCUGGGAGGUGAGGCGCGACGCGCGCGGCCGCGUCUACUACGUGGACCACAACACGCGCACCACCACGUGGCAGCGCCCCGACACCGAGCGCCUGGCGCGCUUCCAGCACUGGCGCGGCGAGCGCCGCCACGUCGUGGCGCAGGGCAACCAGCGCUUCCUCUACCCGCACCCGCAGCCGCCGCACCAGCCUGACUCCGACCACGAUGCCAAUGCGACCGGGAGCAGUGGCGUGGCAGGCACGAGUAGCGCGAGCGGUGCGCUGGCGACGGGCGCGCCGGGCGUGGCAGCCAGCGUGGCGGCGGCCGCGCCCGCGCCCGGGCCCGCCGCCGCAGGCAGCUCGCCCGCGCCCGACGACUCGCUGGGCGCGCUGCCCGCCGGCUGGGAACGCCGCGUGCAACCCGACGGCAGAGUCUAUUACGUUAAUCACAAGAACCGAACCACGCAAUGGGAGGAUCCUAGGACUCAGGGUCAGGAGAUGAGUGCUCUUGAAGAGGCUCUGCCACCAGGGUGGGAAAUCAGGUUUACAGAAGAAGGCACACGGUACUUCGUGGACCACAAUACUCGAACGACCACAUUCCAAGACCCGCGACCCGGUGCCCCGAAAGGUCCUCAGGGCGCAUACGGCGUGCCGCGCGCCUACGAACGUUCCUUCCGCUGGAAGCUUAGCCAGUUCAGAUAUCUGUGUCAAAGCAAUGCGCUACCCAGCCAUAUUAAAAUUACUUUAUCUAGACAAUCUCUUUUUGAAGAUUCAUAUCAUCAGAUAAUGAGGUUGCCUGCAUAUGAGUUGCGUAGAAGAUUGUAUAUAAUAUUCCGUGGCGAGGAGGGGUUAGAUUAUGGCGGCGUCAGUCGAGAGUGGUUCUUCUUACUGUCACAUGAAGUGCUGAACCCAAUGUACUGCCUGUUUGAAUACGCUAACAAAAAUAACUACAGUUUACAGAUUAACCCCGCCAGUUACGUGAACCCAGAUCAUCUUCUGUAUUUUAAGUUCAUUGGCAGGUUUAUAGCAAUGGCACUGUAUCACGGGCGAUUUAUUUAUUCAGGAUUCACGAUGCCUUUCUAUAAAAGAAUGUUAAAUAAGAAACUGACUAUGAAAGAUAUUGAAUCUAUUGAUCCCGAAUUUUACAACUCUCUGGUAUGGAUCAAGGAUAAUAACAUAGAUGAAUGUGGUCUCGAGAUGUGGUUUAGUGUCGACUUCGAAGUGUUAGGUCAAGUUAUACACCAUGAGCUGAAGCCGUCCGGAGAUAAGGAACGUGUAACUGAGACAAAUAAGGAACAAUAUCUUCAAUUGGUCACUCAGUGGCGUAUGACGAGAGGAAUUGAAGAACAAACUUCAGCAUUUUUGGACGGAUUCAAUGAGGUUGUGCCGUUAGAGUGGCUUAAAUAUUUUGACGAGCGCGAGUUGGAAUUAAUGUUGUGCGGCAUGCAGGAGGUGGACGUCGAUGAUUGGCAACGAAAUACAAUAUACAGACACUACACUCGCACCAGCAAACAAGUUCUUUGGUUCUGGCAGUUUGUGCGACAAAUGGAUAACGAGAAGCGAGCAAGAUUGCUGCAGUUCGUCACUGGUACCUGUCGAGUUCCUGUUGGAGGAUUUGCUGAGCUGAUGGGAUCAAACGGUCCCCAAAGAUUUUGUAUAGAAAAGGUUGGAAAAGAUACGUGGUUGCCUCGGUCGCACACGUGUUUUAAUCGACUCGACUUACCACCCUAUAAGAGCUACGAGCAAUUAUGCGAAAAAUUGAAUUUUGCUAUUGAAGAAACUGAAGGCUUUGGACAGGAAUAAUUUAAUUGUUAUAUAUAUAUAAUUAUACUAGAAUCACUAAACGUUAUUGUAAAUUAUUAUAACAUGAAUGCACCACCUCAAUUUGAGGAUUUUAUCACCAAUGGAAUUGGUGCUGUCAUAAAAAGACCAACCAAAUAAUUAUAUGAAUAUAUUUGUAAUAAAUUACUCUUACAUGAUAAACUAUGUAGAUAUUGUUAGUGUAAAAUGUCGGUUGUUUAAGAAAUAUUUGUUUGAACUACACUUAAAACACUGUUCUCCUAAAAGUUCAUUAAAUAAUUUUUAAACAGUGAAUACCGUUUUUAUUUUGUAUGUCAUGACAGAAGUUUCGUUUGUGCUAAAAGAAGUUCCUUAUUUAAAUGUGCAAUAAAAUGCUGAUAGAGGUUUUGGUAAAUAAAACAGCUGUUUUUCAAGCGACAAGAAUAUUGAAUUACUUACCAAUUUUUAAGGAUUGAAUAAGGAUGAAGAUUAAAAAUUAAUUUAAGGAUGAAGAUAAAAAAUUGGUAGGUAUAGAUAAAAAUAAUGUCUGUCCUUUUUUUGAAGGAAAAAUAAUAUUGUGCCUUUUCUUGACUCCCAUUCAUUCUCCUGUUCUAGGCCAAGGAAGCAGUACCGCUUAUUCCUUGCAAUUGACUGUAUUUGGAUAAAUGCGUCAUUUAAUUGAGCUUGAUGUUAACGUCAGCUCAAUAGGUUGAAGUUAUUUGACUCAGAAUUUGUUUGCACGAUGCCACUUAACAAACACACUUACAGUGCAAGUUAAAUAAAAAGCUUGUAAAAUAUAAGAAAUAAAACAAUGAUACAAACUAAUAAAUAUUUUUUAUUUAAUGUAAAGUAAAUAAUUAAGCAUUCGUAUUUGAAACAAUUAAUGAACUAAUGAAAUGUUUUAUGUUGACAAAAGUUAGCAUAGCUUUAAAUUAGCAAAUUCCUCUGCAACUUUCAUUGCUUCUUCAAGGCUGGCGGAAUUAUUACCAGAAGCUUGACCAGAUUCUGCUUUACCACCACCCUUGCCACCUAUAACUGGCACAACAGACUGAAUCCACUCAGAGGCCAGCAAACCCUUUUCGAUCGCAUUUUUAGGUACAGCGGCAAGACAGAAUAUUUUGUUAGUUUCAUCGUCUACAGAGAAAAACAUAGCCGCGGUUGUGGGGCAAAGAAGCUUCACUUGUUUUAAAGCGCCAUCCAAUGCUUUAGUGUUGCCAAAUGCUUUAAGUUCUGAAACAAUGACUUUACUUUCCUUAUUCUCCGUACAAAUUUCUUUUGCCCUUUCCGCGACUUGAGUGAUUGUCAAAGCUUUAGCAGCCCUUUCUUUAUCGUCAAGUUGUUUUUUUAAGUUUUUGAGCAUAGUUCUCAAUUCUUCUUUUUUCCAAUACGAUAUCUGAGCUUGAGAAAUCUCGUUUGUAAGGUCAACAAUUUUACGAAGAAUUUCCUUUUGGUUCAUAUUGUCACUUUGAUCUUUAAUGAAAUUAGCCAUGUUGUUGACCUCAUUUUCCAAUGAGCUUGAUUUACUUAUGGCUUUCAAUGCUUCUGGCCCAGUCAAGGCGACAAUUCGUCGAAUUCCUUUCGCAAUACCUUCCUCGCUGACGAUUACAUAAUCUCCAAUAUGACCGGUCUGAUGUAAAUGUGAUCCACCACAAAAUUCUACAGAGGUUUCGUAUGCGGCCGGUCCGUCCGGGUUUUUCUCUAACUCUUCUACUGGUAUUCCAACAGAAACUACACGUACUGGAUCUGGAUAGUGUUCAUCGAACAUAGCUCUUAAGCCCUUAAUCUUUUUAGCUUCAUUUAAGCUCGUAUGUUUUGCAUAAACAGGUUUAUUUGCAUAAAUGAUCUCCUUGAUUUGAUCUUCUGUAUCUUUUAUUUGUUUUAAAGACAUUGGUCCUUUGUUAGUAAAAUCAAACCUUAGACGAUCUGGCAUGACAAGAGAUCCUCGUUGAUCGGAAUCGUUUCCAAGAACUUUUCUUAGUAUGUUGUUUAAUACAUGCGUUCCAGUGUGGUUAUUCAUGACAAGUCUCCGCCUUUCAGUAUCAAUAUGCAAAGACAACUUAUCCCCAAUUUUCAGAGUGCCUUCAAGUUUUCCCAUAUGUAACACAUAUCCUCCCUUAACUUGGACAUUAGUAACCACGAACUCAACGCUAUCAUCAUCAGUUUUUACCAUAUAUCCUUCAUCAUAUAUUUGACCACCUUGUUCGGCAUAGAAACUGGUUUUAUCAAGAAUAACUCCACAUUGUUGACCAGAAGAGACUUCAUUUACAAAUUGUUUAUUUUGUCGUAAAGCAAUGAUGGUUCCAAUGCAGGGACUGAAAUUAUAUACAGCUUCGUUUUCAGUUGAAGAUGCAACAUAGUUGUAUUUAGGGGAGUCGUCUGUGGCAGGUACUCCAGUGUCUUGCAAAUGACUAAUGGCAUGCACAUCCAAUGCUAACAAAUCUUCUUGACCAGCAGCUUUUCCUUGGGAAAUCAAUUGAGAUUCUUUCUUAGAUUUUUCGUAAGCUUCCAUAUCUAUGGAAAGCCCAUUUUCUUCACACAUGAGUUGUGUCAGAUCAAUAGGAAAUCCGUAUGUAUCAUACAGCCGCCAAGCGACAUCACCAGGUAUUACCUUACCAUUUAAUUUUUCAAUAGUUCUAUUGAGUAAAUUUCUCCCUCGUGUGAGUGUUUUCAAAAACUGUAAUUCUUCCUCAUUUAUCAGUUGGAUCAAAGAUAAUGGAUCUUUUGUUAUUUCAGGAAAAACAUUUCCUAAUAAUUCCACAACAACAUGAACUAAAGAACCAAAGAACCCGGGUUUAGCAUUAAGUUUCUCAGAAGCGUAUCGUACUGCUCUCCUUAAAAUUCUUCGAAGUACAUAACCUCUUCCUGUAUUGUCGGGACAUCCACCAUCUGACAAAGCUAUUGUAAGUGUUCUAGCAUGAUCAGCUAAAACCCUAUAUGCCAUAUCAAUUCCAUCGACGUCUUCAGCUCCGACUUUUCCAGUAUAAGGCCUUGCACCCGUACCAACUUCGAUUGCUUUGAAUAUAGGCAUAAAGAAAUCAGUGUCAUAAUUAGCUCUUUUGUUUUGAAUAACUGACACUAGUCUUUCAAGACCUAAUCCACAAUCAAUAUGCUUUUUUGGCAGCAACUUCAGUGACCCAUCUGAUUCUCUAUUAAACUGAAUAAACACUAAAUUCCAAAUUUCGAGUACAUCAGGGUCAUCCAUGUUUACGAGGUGGGCUGCCUCACGUCCUCCGAUUCUAUCAUAAUGCAAUUCUGAGCAGGGACCACAUGGACCUGUUUCACCCAUUUCCCAAAAGUUAUCUUUCAUACUACCAGGAAGAAUGUGGGAUUCUGGGACACCUAACUUGAGCCAGAUUUCUUUGCAUUCGAGGUCAGGUUCAAGUCCUGAAGCAGCAUCUCCUCCAAAAUAAGUUACAUACAAACGAUCCCCAGGCAACUUAUAAACUUCAGUUAGAAGUUCCCAUGCCCAUGCACAUAUUUCUUUCUUAAAAUAAUCACCAAAUGACCAGUUACCCAUCAUUUCAAAAAAAGUAUGAUGAUAGACAUCUUUCCCCACAUCAUCAAGGUCAUUAUGUUUACCUCCUGCUCUUAUACAUUUUUGGGUAUUAACAACUCUGACAUACUGAGCCAUAUCAGAGUUAGGGUCAACAGACCCCAAAAAGAUGGGCUUAAAUUGGUUCAUCCCUGCAUUAGCAAAAAGUAAAGUUGGGUCAUCCAAAGGUAUUGUGGAUGAAGAGUGAACAUAUUUAUGUCCUUUACUGAUGAAAAAAUCAAUAAAGGCUUGUCUUAUCUGGUUACCACUCAUUGAAGUAUCCAUCUUCAAUUAAU